AUGUUUGUAUACUCUAGAAAACCAAGUGGAAGCAAACGUGAAUCCGUUGUCAGACUGUUGCUGACGAUUAAAGUAAGGCUCGUGAUUAGUACCUGGGAACUUGUUUGUAACAAAUUAGUGGCUGAGAAAUUUCGAUUCAGAAUUAAUAACAUUUCUAUAGUACAGUGCUACGCGCCAAUGGAAACUUCCGAUACACUGGAGAAGGAUUCAAACGAGCAACUCAAAGCAAUCCAGGAGCAGCUUUCUAUAGUCAAAAGGGAACAACAACCUUGCAUUCAAACUUGGCCGGUUCAUAUAUUUCGAAGUGUACGCCUAACGGUUGGUCUGGUUAAGGCGAAUGAAAAUGCAUUUUUGCACGAGAUUAGCGAGACCCGACAUCGGCUGAUUAGAGGGACAGCUGAUGAGCUGCACACGUUAUUUGAGUUUAGUGCUUCGAGGAGAAAAGAGUAG